AUGGUCAAGUUCCUCUUAGUAACAUCUCUACUUUACUUGCAGGUUGUAUAUAAAAAUAAUGAUGUCAGGUUGGAGUUAUCUCGACUUGCCAAGCAAGGAGAUCCUAAAAUGAAGAUUCAUGGGGUUGUAGCAUUUAAAUGUGAGAAUGUUGCAACCCUAGAUCCAAUCACAUUUGAAACACCAGAGUCUUUCAUCUCUUUGCCAAAGUGGAAUGCCAAGAAAACAGGCUCAAUAUCGUUUGAUUUUCGUACAACUGAGCCAAAUGGCCUGAUUCUUUUCAGUCAUGGAAAACCAAGGCACCAAAAAGAUGCCAAACACCCACAGAUGGUGAAGGUUGACUUUUUUGCCAUUGAGAUGCUUGAUGGCCACCUCUACCUGCUGCUAGACAUGGGAUCAGGUACUAUAAAAAUAAAAGCCCUGCAGAAGAAGGUGAAUGAUGGUGAAUGGUACCAUGUGGAUUUUCAACGGGAUGGGCGGUCAGGGACCAUAUCUGUGAACACAUUACGCACACCAUAUACUGCACCAGGGGAAAGUGAAAUCCUUGACUUGGAUGAUGACUUGUAUCUUGGAGGCUUACCAGAAAAUAAAGCAGGCCUCGUCUUCCCAACUGAGGUGUGGACAGCACUUCUCAAUUAUGGAUACGUCGGCUGCAUUAGAGAUUUGUUUAUUGAUGGUCAAAGCAAAGAUAUUCGACAGAUGGCUGAAAUUCAAAGUACAGCUGGAGUAAAACCCUCAUGCUCAAGAGAAACUGCAAAACCUUGCCUUAGCAACCCCUGUAAAAACAAUGGUGUAUGCAGGGAUGGGUGGAACAGAUAUGUUUGUGAUUGCUCUGGUACAGGGUACCUUGGCAGAUCGUGCGAAAGAGAGGCAACAAUUUUAAGCUAUGAUGGCAGUAUGUUUAUGAAAAUACAACUCCCUGUUGUGAUGCAUACAGAGGCUGAAGAUGUUUCUUUACGGUUCAGGUCUCAGCGAGCUUAUGGCAUUUUAAUGGCAACAACUUCUAGGGAAUCUGCAGAUACCCUUCGUUUAGAAUUGGAUGCAGGACGAGUUAAACUAACGGUCAACCUAG